AUGCACGCACGCGCAAUAUCGUACACCGCACUGCCCAAGUUCGUGCUUCGCGCAUUCCGAGUACCCAUUGCGGGCAUUGGUGUGGGUGCAGGCGCUGUCGGCUACGCCAACUACAAAGUCGAGGAGUUCCGUAAGAAGACGAACGAAUGGAUAACGUCAGCUCAAGAAACAGCCUCUGACUUCUUGGACGCCGCCUCCAGUCAAAUCAACUCUGUUGUAGGACGCGUCGGCAGCAUCGAGCUUCCCAAGCUUGAAAUCCCUGAAUUCCUUAAGGGAUUGUUAGCUUCUACGGGUGGGAGCAAGAAAGGCGAAGGACGUUCAGGGAAGGGAGGUGAAGGAUCGAAGACCGAGGGCGAGCCUGAGGGCGGUGACCAGAGCGCAGCGGUCGCUGCGUUAGUGGCUGCUACAUUGUCAUCUCCAGCCGAUCCCAAAUCAGAAGAGAAGCGAGCAGGAUCCAGCCAAUUGCAAGAUCGCCAAGACGGCUUGAUGCAUCUUACGCGCAAGCUUAUCGAGAUCAGAAGCAUAUUGCUCAGCAUCGAUCAGAGCGACAGUCUCAAGCUGCCCAGUAUUGUUGUGAUCGGAAGUCAGAGCUCUGGGAAGAGUUCGGUAUUGGAGGCUAUUGUUGGCCAUGAGUUUUUGCCCAAGGGAAACAACAUGGUUACUAGGCGACCCAUUGAGCUCACGUUGAUACACAGCCCUGCUAAGGAAGGCAAUGCCGGCGAAUACGGAGAAUUUCCGGCCCUUGGCUUGGGCAAGAUCACCGACUGGAAAGAGAUUCAGAAGACAUUGGUCGAGCUCAAUCAGGCUGUCCCGGCGGAGGAGUGUGUUUCCGACAAGCCAAUCGACUUGCGGAUAUACAGCCCCCACGUUCCCGAUUUGACGCUUAUUGAUCUGCCGGGUUAUGUUCAGAUCAGCUCCCUGGAUCAACCAGAGGAGUUGAAGGAGAAGAUAUCCACAUUAUGCGACCGCUAUAUCAAGGAGCCCAACAUCAUCCUAGCAGUGUGUGCUGCGAAUGUUGAUCUCGCCAAUUCGCCUGCACUGCGAGCCAGUCGUAAGGUUGACCCCCUCGGACUGCGUACCAUUGGGGUUAUCACCAAGAUGGACCUUGUCGAGCCAGAGGCUGGAGCCAACAUUCUGCAGGGUAAUCGAUAUCCUCUUCACUUGGGUUACGUCGGUGUCGUUUGCAAGCCAACCGGCCUUGCUGGUGUGCGGGCUCAUCUUGGUUCCGAGAGACCCAAUAUUACUGGUGCAGUUAUGCGCCGGGAAGAAGACUAUUUCGGGGCGCAUCGCGAACACUUCGGCCGAUCAUCAAGCGUUAUGGUCGGCACGGACACUUUGAGGAAGCGAUUGAUGGACGUAUUGGAAUCGAGCAUGGCUAGUUCUCUUCAUUCGAUUUCCAACGCGGUCCAACUCGAGCUCGAGGAAACCCAAUAUCAGUUCAAGGUCCAAUACAAUGACCGCCGCGUUACCGCUGAGUCCUAUGUGGCCGAGACUGUCGACCAGUUGAAAGCCAAAUUCAAGGAGUUAACUCAGCAAUUCACAAAACCACAGAUCCGUUCCAAGCUAAAAGGAAUGCUAGACGAGAAGCUCAUGGAUAUCCUUGAGCAGCUCUACUGGUCGGACAAGCGCGUCGAAGAACUCACGACGCUUGGAAACGACCCCAAAAUCAAGCCGGAAGACGUGGAUUCUUAUUGGAGGUACAAACUCGACGCUGCAUCUUCGCUCCUUACUAAGUCCGGGGUCGGUCGCGACUCAACGCAAAUGGUUGCUGACGGCCUCCGUGCGCUGAUCGAGAACAUCGCCUCUGGCGAACCGUUCAAUUAUCAUCCUCAGACUGUGGAUCGCAUCGUCCAAUUCUCCCACGCCAUCCUUCGCGAGCGCCUUGGUGUAGCAGCGGACCAGGUCGAGAACUGCAUCAAGCCGUACAAGUACGAAGUCGAGGUAGAGGAUAGGGAAUGGGUUACUGGACGAGACAAGGCGCAGGUCUUGUUCGAGGAGGAACUCAAGAUGUGCCAGGAUAAGCUUGUCGAGAUCAGGAAGAAGGUUGGGGGGAGCCGUAGGCUGAGCAACCUAUUAGAAUAUGUCCGCACGUUGGAGGAACAAGAACGACAACGAAGCUUGUCAAGGCUUACGCGUAUCAAGGCGGGAGAAGAAGUGGAGGAAGAAGGUCCGGUGGCGAUCGAGUCGUAUCGUUUCAGCCCUGGUGUAAUCAUCGAUGGAGGGCAAGCGUUAGCCUACACCAACAGGCUGGGCGUCCUUAAGCUCCGACUCGCUGCGCUCAAGUCGAAAAGGUGCAAGAGUGGACCAGAAAACGACGCCCUUUGCCCCGAGGUAUUCCUCAAUGUCGUCGCUGACAAGCUUGCGUACACUUCUGCCCUCUUCCUCAACAUCGAGCUGCUCGACCAUUUCUUCUAUCAAUUCCCACGGGAAAUCGAUUCCCGCUUAAUGUAUGAUCUCGACCGGAAGGAGAUCGCAAAGUUUGCGAGGGAGAACCCGAACAUCCGUGCGCACUUGGAUUUGCAAGAAAGGAAAGACAAGUUGGAAGAGGUGAUGAAGCAAUUGCAGAGUUUGGUUAACCUGCGCAAAGACAUCCAGCCGGCUCCCCGACGAGCGAGCAGCUUGUUCGGCUCUUUCUUCUGA